UUUCGGAACAUCUCUUGGAUUUCCAGCCACUGACGAUGCGGUCUGAGGAUUCCUUGUGAUGUUGACACAUCGUACACGUUGCGAAGUCGCAAUGCCGCGAAUAGUGAAACCUGAAACCAUUGUUAUCAUGUUUAUCUUAAAUUCAAAAGACGCCCCAUAAACCAAGAAUGACAAGAAGGAAAUAAUGCGCAAAGUUCGUCGGCUGUUAUUUUUUCUGGGCAUCUCUGUUGUAUUUACCUGUGGAUUUUACCUGCUCAGCGGUAUUCUGUACAAUGUAUUUGAUGCAGGGGCUGGAUUACACAUCAUUACGGAAGUCGAUAAUUUUGGAGAGAUUCAUACGAUCCCCUUGAGGAAUUUCAAUCCGGACACUUAUCUUCGGAGUUUUCCAGAUGAAGGAAAUGGAAAGUACAGGUACAACAUUAACAGGAGCUUUCGCAUUCCAUGGAACAGGUCCCUCCCGGAUCAGAGACCCCAAAGUUGUAGGUAUGUUAUGAAAACUAGAAAUCUACCAUCUGCCUCCAUCAUCAUCGUUCUGCAGAAUGAGAGCCCUUCUGUUGUACUCCGAAUGGUCAUGAGUAUUUUGCGAUGUUCUCCACCGAGUCUACUACAGGAAAUAAUUCUAGUGGAUGACAGCGGCAGUAAAACAGACUUGUAUUGGAAAGCUCUCUCAGUGAUUCCGAAAUUGUACUACUACAAACAGACAGAUUCCAAAGGGUCGGUGGAACACCUUUUAUGGGGAGCUGAUAAAGCUGAUGGGGAUGUGCUGGUCCUGAUGAGUGGAGUAGGGGAAGUAAUUCCAGGAUGGCUGGAACCCCUGCUGGACAGAAUCCAUGUGAAGCCUGCAGUUAUUGUCAGUCCAGUGGUAGACUCCAUCAAUCCUGAAACAUUUGGGUUGGAAUCCACUGAAACCAAACAAAGAGCAAUUUUUGAUUGGAGUUUAUCUGUGAAAUGGCAGCAGUUAUCAUCAAAGUCAAAUCUAGCAGAAUCCAUUGUAACACCUGUCAUAGAUGGGACAGUAGUCGCUGUUGACAGGAAGAGCUUCAUCAAACUGGGUAAAAUUGACCCCGGUCUGGAAGAGAGUGCAAAUGUGGGAUUAGAGCUGUCCUUGAAAUCUUGGAUGUGUGGUGGGACUGUCGAGAUCAUACCCUGCAGUCAUGUGGGUAUCAUAAAGAAACGGAAGACUGAUUCAGCACAGAACAGCAACUCCCUCUCAUUAACAAGAGAGCUUAGGCGAGUUGCAGAGGUGUGGCUAGACGGGUACAAAAGAUAUUUCUACGCCAAACGUCCGUCUGCUAGAAUGACCUCACAUGGCAGUGUGGCUGAACGUAGGAAGCUGCGGAGUCAGUUGAAAUGUCAGUCGUUUAAGUGGUUUCUGGACAAUGUCUUCCCUCAGCUGAAACCUCUGUCUUACGAUGACUUUGUGUACGGGAGGAUAAAACAGGAACCAGGCAUGUGUAUGGACAUUGCCCUGGGACAUGUCCCGGUCAUGGCCAGUCUCAGUCCAUGUUCAGAGGAGAAAAAUUCCCAGGAAUGGACUUGGAAGAAGAAAGGCAUAAUAAAAAACUAUGGGAUGUGUUUAACGGCAGACAUUAAAGAAACGCAUGGCUAUGUCCUUAUGCAGUAUUGUAACAAUGCUAGCUCUCAGAUAUGGUUUAGGCAGGAUAACUUGAUCGUUCAUGAGGCCUCUAAACAAUGUAUAGACAGCCACAAGGCAGAGAUCGGGCUCGUGUUGUCUGAGUGUGAAGAUUUCCUCAACUCUCAGCAAUGGAGUCUACCAAACUCUGACAGUGUGUGACUGUUGUGAUGACUGAUGUGAUGACUGGUGUGAUGACUGGUGUGAUGACUGAUGUGAUGACUGUUGUGAUGACUGAUAUGAUGACUGAUGUGAUGACUGAUAUGAUGACUGGGAUUUCAAUACAGCAUACAGCCAUAGAUUGUGUGAGGUGGUUUGGGAAUGCCAGGACAUAGUACCAACCAAUGCACACAUACAUGAGUUAACAUCUCAACACCAUGGAAGGCUUACCCCCCCCCCCCCCCCCCCCUCCCCAUUUGUAUAUUUCUGGUUUCUGGUUAUUAUCAAAGAGGAAGAAGAAGUUUAUUAGCUUGAGAAAGUUUAACAUUCACUCACUUGAAGCAAAUAAACCACUCCCUACCAUACUGUUAAAUGUUGUCUGAAGUGUGUAUCUAAAUGGGGGAAAUUGAUUGGGGGGGGGGGGGGAGGGGUGAUAAAGAUGGCAACAACAUUGUCUUAGUUCAUUGGAUGAAAGUUUGGAUUCUAAACAUGGAUAGAUCAAUUGUGAGAAUUACACUGUACUGUCAAUAACACAGCUUUACAUGUUGAUAUUGAUGAUGUCACUGUUUUUCCUGAAAUACAAUAGAUGGUUUAAACACUAAA